UAUGACGCUGAACAAUCACACAACAUAUUCGACUGCUUUUACGUGGCCAUCUUGCUGUAUGCAAAUCCUCAUAUCCAAGGAAAGACUCAAAACUUGGCAAACGGAAAAAAUUAUUUUGCCCCUGCAAUCAUGAAAAAGACGAUAGGCCGCUUGUGUUUGGCGCUGCUGUGGAUCCUCAUCGCCAUCAACGCGCUCUAUGCCGCGCAGGUUGACUUGCUGCAGCAGCAAGCCCAGAAUCUGACCACUCAGGCAAUAAAUUCAGACGCGCUUCUCAAACAGCUUCUAGAAAAAGUGGACAAGGUGACAGAGAAGUUGAAGGCCCUGAAUCAACAGCCGAUGGCGGCGACCAGCCCUGACGACACCAUCGACCUGACUUGCGAUUCCAAAGUUUGGCAACAGGACGAUAGGAUCGAGCAAUUGCAGCAGGAGAUGUCCACCUUGGUAAACCAGAAAAACGAUUUUUUGGCGAAAUUUUGCCAAAAGGCAGACGAAGAGAAUGAGUUGCUGAAAAGAAAAUUUGGAUAUGCAAGUCAGGAGAAGCUCGAAGCGCGCCAAGCAAGACAUUGGGAUUUCAAAAUUUCAGUCAACUGCACACUCGCAAGUCUGCAUGUUAAAAAAUUGACGCGAUUGUCUAACGGAAAAAAAUAUUUCUUCUCCAAUCCAGCAACUUAUGGAAACUGGACUUUUGCCGACGAAAAGUGCAAGGAGAUGGGCCUGCACUUGGCCACAAUCAGGAACGAAGUCGACCUGAACGCGGUUGUAUUAGAGGCAAAGAAAAAGAAGAAUGAUUUCGGUUGCUGGUGGUUGUCGGCAAAGAAUUAUGGAAAUCACAUUAGUAUAAACUUUCUCUGGCACGACGGCUCAGAGUUGGAGGACAGCAGCGCCUUGUGGAGAGAGAAUGCCAACAAAAAGGAGUGCGUCUGCUCUUUCAUCGCUGACCCUAACAAAAAACUGCAGGGUUUGCCUUGCACUUUAAAAGCAUUUUUUAUUUGCGAGCAUCCGGCCGAAUGUUCCUGCUCCAAGAAAAGUGACUAAAUAUACUGUUAUUAUACCA